AUGGCAGAAGAAAGAUCUUCUGCAACAAAUGGCGUAGGUCCUGACCCUAUGCAGCGGCUGGCCUCAUUUAAAGCUCCUCGGGAUCUUACUUUGGGUGGUAUAAAGACUAGUAAAAAAGUUUUUACGCCCAAUUUAAAUGUGGCUAGGAAUAAAAAUAAAGGACCUUCUGCCAAACAAAGCAACCAAAAGAAAGAAGACAAAGAGAGAAGAGACAAAAAGAAUGACAGAAAUAAGAAUUUUAGAAAUGGACCAAAUAUUAUUAAGUCCAGUGGUGUUUUUUCAGAAGGUUUGGGAAGUGUGGAGCGGCAUUCUUCCCGCGGCUCGUACUACAGGGAGUCAGAUAGCACACAGUCUAUGCAAAGGCCUACUAUUAGAGUUAAGGAUGUUAUUAAGAUAGACAAAGAAUUAGAAGAAAAGAAGAUAAAAACUGUGAUGGGUGAGUGCAAUAUGGACGACGACGGCAAUUGUGAGGACUUCAAGAAGGUUCUAGAAAAAGAUGCUCCUAUAAAACUGCCUAUGGAUGACGGAGGCUGGUCCCAGGUUAAGUCAACAGUGAAGGUAAAACAGGAGGUGAUCAUCAAGAAGGAACCAGAAGAUCCCGACUGCGUUACUGAAGUAGAAAUGAAGCAUUUGCCAGAUGUGAAGGAAGUGUUUGAACACACGGAUGUCGUGAAAUUAUUAAAAAGCGAUCAGCCGACGCUCAUACUAUUGCAGUUACCAGAUUCUCUGCCGGGUCGGGGCGGCAAGAUGGAAGACGAAAAUCCGAGACGGAAGACUGUUGAAAAUGAAGCCUCAACUUCAACUGGAGAAGGCAAGCAAGAGAAACCUCCGGAAACAAGAUGUCGGUUGCCAGACUUAGAAGAAGGUCGUAUCGGCAAGUUGCGGAUACAUCGCUCCGGUCGCGUCAGCCUGGUCAUCGGUGACACCAUGUUUGAGGUCUGCACGGGUACUAAGUCAGCUCUCCACCAGGAAGUGAUAUCAGUCGCCACGGAUGAAGAAUCACGUUCUGCCAACCUCAUUGCAUUGGGUUCCAUACAACAGAAGUUGAAUAUUGUCCCCAGUUGGGAAGCCAUGUUCCAUGAUAUGUCAGUUUAG